CCCCCCUUUUUUUUCUUUCCUGCUCCCGAACGCCUUCUUGGAGGCUGAAGCUGGGCAGGUCUCCAAAGGCUCAGCAGCCACAACAAUCCCGCAGUUCAAAGUUAAGCAGCAGUUGCACAACUUCCAGCAACUCUCUCAGCCGGCUACUAAUGAGCUGAAAGCCAGGGAGAUCUGAGGAGGCCAGGAGCAGCUUCCAACACUCCUCCCUUCAGCAGAGAAAUCCAGAGCCUCAGCCCCAGCCCGGGAUCACUUUGAGGUACUGGCCUUGUCACUUGCUUGCCGGACGGACUAUGGCUCCUUUUGGAAGAAACUUGUUAAAGACUCGGCAUAAAAACAGAUCUCCAACUAAAGACAUGGAAGCAGAAGAGAAGGAAAUUGUAGUCUGGGUUUGCCAAGAAGAAAAGAUUGUCUGUGGGUUAACUAAACGCACCACCUCGGCUGACGUCAUCCAGGCCUUGCUGGAGGAACACGAGGCUACCUUCGGGGAGAAGCGAUUCCUGCUGGGAAAACCGAAUGAUUACUGCAUCAUCGAGAAGUGGAGAGGCUCAGAACGGGUUCUUCCUCCCCUGACUCGAAUCCUGAAGCUCUGGAAAUCAUGGGGAGACGAGCAGCCUAACAUGCAAUUUGUUCUGGUUAAAGCAGAUGCUUUUUUCCCGGUUCCCUUGUGGCGGACAGCCGAAACCAAAUUAGUGGAAAACACAGAAAAACUGCGGGAGCUCAGCCCAGCGAACUAUAUGAAGACAUUACCACCGGAUAAGCAAAAAAGAAUUGUCAGGAAAACAUUCCGGAAACUGGCUAAAAUCAAGCAGGACACAGUUUCGUAUGAUCGGGACAAUAUGGAGACAUUAGUUCAUCUGAUUAUCUCCCAGGACCAUACUAUUCAUCAGCAAGUCCAGAGAAUGAAAGAGUUGGAUCUAGAAAUUGAAAAGUGCGAAGCCAAGUUCCACCUGGAUCGUGUGGAAAAUAAUGGAGAAAAUUACGUCCAGGAUGCAUAUUUGAUGUCCACUUUCGGUGAAGUUGAGCAAAAACUAGACGUGCAGUCUGGGAAAAACCAGUCUCUGGAGGACCUGAGUGAAAGCGACGGAAUUGUACAGUUGGAAGAGCGACUGAAAUAUUACAGAAUGCUCAUUGAUAAACUCUCAGCCGAAAUUGAAAAAGAGGUGAAAAGUGUUUGCUUUGGAAUAAGCGAAGAUCCAGAAGGGGCAGCCGCAGGUGAACUGGAAAACCCUAGCUUAGACAAUGUGAAGUGCGAUUUGGAGAAAAGCAUGAAAGCUGGUUUGAAAAUCCACUCGCACUUGAGUGGCAUCCAGAAGGAGAUUAAGUACAGUGACUCACUGCUUCAGAUGAAAGCACAGGAAUACGAACUCCUAGCCAAGGAGCUGAGUGCCCUUCCCAUUAACAAAAAAGAGGAAUGCCAUUUAAAGGAAAACAGAGGAACGGAAGCUGAGGGUCCCUGCAGCGGUGGGGAGAUGCCUCCAUUUACCCAAAGGGCCUCUACCGUGUACACAAAUGACACAGAUUCAGACACUGGCAUCAGCUCUAACCACAGUCAGGACUCAGAAAUCACAGCUGGCGACAUGGUGCUGCUGGCAACAUAAUGCAGAUGGCUUCCUUGGACCUGCUUUAACGCUGUCUAUCUCUGUGUAAUUUAACGUGAAAUUAUUUCAUAUACACCUUUCUGAAAAAUAGGGAAAUCAUGCCAAAAUAUUGAGUAGGUAAGCAACAGAAGUGAGGGUUUUUUUGUGGUAUAAGAUUUCCAGUGUGACUUUAUUAUAGGUUCAAGCAAUGAAUUAUUUAUUAGGAAUGCAGCAGAACUAGUCUAUUGGUAUAGAACACAGAACUAAUUAAUGGGAAUUAUUUGAUAAUCUCAUAGCUUCUAUGGGAAAUGACUUUAUAAAUUUAAAAACAAUUCUCAAUAUUGCAAACUAUUGGAACUACACAUGUGAAGAAGUAAUAGUAAAACGUGUUAUAUCUUUUCUCCAACAUUAUGUCCUUAGAAAUUUUGUACCUGUAAAAUACUGUGCUGUAGUUGCGUUAACCCAAAUCUUGGUUCUGUUAAUACUUAGGCUGUGCAAUCUAUCAUGUCUGUCUCUUCCUGAACGCUUCUACCUGUUUAUGCGCACAUGACAGGUGACUGUUGGGACAUGUACAAGUCCUGGCAGUGAGUUAGAGUAAGUAUAGAUGAGGCAAGGCCAACUGCUACUUAUGAAUGUUUUUUCCUCCUUAAAAAUUCUACAGUCCUUAAGGGUUAUGCAUCUACUUUUGCUACUUGGAAAUUGAGAUCUUUUGAUCCUAUCAGUAUUGGAUGCAAGUUCGAGCUUGGUGGUGUAGCAUGAGUUAGAGGAAAUCAGUUAUAGUCUUAUUCAUCUAUGCCCUAUCUACAUAAGUGAAGUGAUAAAAUGUAAAGUUGCUUAUGUGGGUGAAAUAACAUUCUACAUGCCAUCAUUAUUAACAGUUUUUCUCUAGAUGCGUGGCGGGAUAUUUAUAUGGAAAAAGAAUUAUUCUGGUGUGCUAUGUUUUAGAUUCUCUAUUUAGUACUUCCUCUAAAGUGCUUCAAUAAGUUUUGUACUUUAAGAAACACUAGCAGCAUCUAGGAAUGCUAAUAAAAACAAGAAAUUCAAUGCAUUAUUCAGGUUCUGCUUUGAACAACAGUCACUCUAGAGCCAGAUAAUAUUUGCUUUUCCUUGAUUUUUAAUUAAAAAUUUUAUUUCUCCUCCUUCCUUCCAUCCUACCUUUCGUUUUGUCCACUUGCCUGUCUGUCUUCCUCUUUGUUCAUGCCUCUCUCGCCUUCUCAUUACUUUCCUUUCUCCCUUUCUUCCUUCAUCUUUGAAAGAAUCUUAUUCUUUUUCUGUACUGGUAACUUAGGACUCCUGCAAUCUAUGCUUUGGUUUUGUUUAUUUGAGCUGACACCUUUCUUGUAAAUACAGAUAUGUAAAUAUAAAUAUUAUUUUAUGUAGGCUUUAUAUGUGACAUUGGUUAAGAUUCUAAGUAUUUCUUGUUUCUUACCUUCAUAUUCAGACUUUAGUGAGGGUUACACUUAUUUUUUGAAAUUUGAAAAUAAUUAUUAACAAUUUUAUUGAUAACUCAGUAUUCUUAAUGUACUCUUUCUUAGAAGUUCUUCAUCUAUUUUUCAUUCUUUCCACUCUCCCUCAUUUUUAUGACCUUGGAGAAGAUAUUUAGAAUUUCCAUUUUUCAGUUUUGGAGAUUAUCUGUAUUCUAUUCUUUUGGACCAAGAUUUUUGUAGACCAUAGUUACGGUUGGUUGGUAAUCAAAACAGAAAUUUUCAUCCCAUGAAAAUACAUGGUAAACAGUAAGCAAUAUUAGCAUGGGUUAUAUUUUUAAGUCAGGAAUUGAAUAAUCAUUUGCUAAAGUUUAUGUCCCUAAUAGCCCAAUAAAUCAUGAAACAAAAUGGUAAGAUAAUGAUGUAUUCAUUGUUCUCUACUAUGGAUUAAAUUUAGAUCAUUAUGAAUGAUAAACAAAUUACAGUAUUGUUUUUCUAAAGUGAAAGAAAUCUCCUUGGAUGCUCUUAUGUUUUGUAAGAAAAUACAGGAAGAAUGCCUAUAUUCUCAUGUAAUGUGCCAGACUGAUUUCCAGUGUUUUUUUUUUUAAGAAUGGAUUAGGGAUAGAAAUUAAUUUAGUAACUUUGAAAUAACAUGUUUUCAUUCCAUUGAAAAAAAUCAUCCAGUCUGUCAAUCAAAUAUUUUAUAUUAAACAGGAAAGCAAGACCAUUGAUUUUAAAUUCGCUUAAAAUUUUCUACUUGAACUUCAGUUAUUCAAAUAUGCUUGUGCUUUUUGGGCAUUACAGUAUUAAAUUAUAUGAUUAAUAUAAUUAAUCUCUAAUUUAGAGUUACAUAUUUUUACAUUAAUGGAAAUAUUAAAAUACAAUGUCCCAAGGCCUAGAUACUAGCUACUCCUUUCUGAGAAUGAAUUAAAAUAUAGGACUUGUUUAAGGAUUUAGUAUUUUUCUUACAUAUAGAAACUUUUUUGGGGAGGUACCAGGAAACAAACUCAUGACCUUGCACUUGCCAGGCAGACCCUUUACCUCUGAGCUCUAUCCCUGAGCCCUAUCUACAGAAACUUUAAAAUGAAGUAUUUUUACAUUCUGAAAUAACCUGACCAGUUAAGUCUGAAAUAGCUAUAUGCAGCUAGAAGAAGAAAACCAAAGCUGACUGUUCUUCAUUUCCAUAGCAAGAAGGAUUUUCACAGAUGGAACCUUGCUUGUCUUUGCCUUGGAUUUCUGAUUUUUCUUUGCAUAUGCUGUACGCUGCAAUGCUACUCGUUUUCACAGUGCUUAAAUGUCACCUUUUCUGUGAAGCUUUUUGUUAAAUUCAGCCAGUUCUAAACUCUUGUCUCUGUGUCCGCAGAUUUUGAGAUGUACUUCUCAUUUACUUCUGCGUUUACAUCCUACUUUAGGUUGUAUUUAUUUACAUACGGAUCCCACUCCCCUCCUUCAGGGGAUUCCUAGCAUAUUACUUUAUUAUCUUUCUUGCCGAGUUUGCUCACUCCAACAUUUUUAGUUCCCCAUAUAUUUGAAUUGAAUGGCUAAAUUUUAGAUCAGCAUCAUCUUUGUGCUUUGCUUAAAAUAUUAAUUGAUAUUUGUGCAUUUUGUACAUAAAUAUGAAUUUUAGCAGAUUUAAAAUAUUAACAGGAAUUUAUAAAUUUUGAGGGGUAGGCACUACAUUUUAAUGUUUCUAAGAAUUGUUUUUUAAUGUGAGUCAUUUCAAAAAAUUGACAAUAAAAUUGUACAUUAUUAUGUGGUACUGUGUGAUGUUUCAAUGCACAUGUACACUGUAUAAUUUUCAGAUCAUGGUAAAGCGUUCAAUUUUUAAUUUUAUUUUUAAUCCACAGGAUUACUGACUUACAAAUCAAACAAUACCUUUAAAACCUAAUUUAAUUAUAAAUUUAUAAAAUUUUUCUCAGUCUUUUGUAUUUAUAAGAAUUGAUUAUAGAAUUGGAACACACACAAAGUAACUCCUUGAAGAGGAACACACACAAAGUAACUCUGAAAUAUCCUAAAUAAAUAUCUAUUUUCUUUCUAUUCUUACAUAUACAAAAUGACCUAUUAGUGUGUACAAUCUAGUCUAAUCCAUUAAAUUUUUAUUUUUAUAUUUAUUUAAACACCUUAUAUACAUGACAGAGUAUAUUCCUGUGGCUGCCUUUUAUAAUUGUUCAAAGUAGAGCUAUUACUGUUCUAUUUAAAACAUGUUUUUCUAGUGACCAAGGACUCUCUUUUUAAUCCUGAUAUACAGAUUUUAAAAUAUUAGGAUACUUCUUUGCAUCUUGCCUAGUUUAAUAAGCCUUAUGUGACAAAUAUAAAGAAUAUAUAACUUCUUCAAGUUGUAUCUAAUCCAAAACAAUAAAUGAAAUAAGCGCAAAUUCUUGUGAUAUUAUCUUUCUGGAACUGUUAUGUAAGUAUAUUAAAAAUUACUUGGAUAUCA